AUGUCCAUUCAAAAAAUCCACGCUCGUCAGAUUUUCGACUCGCGUGGUAAUCCAACCGUUGAGGUUGAUCUUUUCACCGCAAAAGGUUUGUUCAGGGCGUCUGUGCCAUCUGGUGCGUCAACUGGUGUGCAUGAAGCUGUUGAGCUGCGCGAUGGCGACAAAGCCAAUUAUCUCGGGAAAGGAGUCUCUAAGGCAAUUGCGAACGUGAAUGAUGUGAUCGCUCCCGCAUUGAUCAAGGCGGGCUUGAACGUGACGCAGCAACAGGAAAUCGACAACUUCCUCAUCAAAUUGGACGGUACUCCGAAUAAAGGCAAGCUCGGUGCGAAUGCGAUCCUCGGUGUCUCUACAGCGGCCGCAUACGCUGCAGCGGCAGAGAAAGGUGUACCGCUGUACGAGCACCUUGCUGAGCUCGCAGGCAUAAAACCGCCAUUCGUACUUCCAACUCCGGCGUUUAAUGUUAUCAAUGGUGGUAAACAUGCAGGGAAUAAACUUGCAUUCCAGGAGUUUAUGCUGCUUCCUACUGGCGCUAGCUCGUUCACCGAAGCGAUGAAGUUUGGUACAGAGACAUACCACACCCUCAAGAAGGUUAUAAGCGCUAAGUACGGCAUCGAUGCUGUGAAUGUCGGAGACGAAGGUGGAUUCGCUCCGAAUGUGAGCAAUGCAGAUGAGGCCCUUCAACUUCUUGUGGAAGCUAUUAAGCAAGCUGGUUAUGAGGGUAAGAUUAAGAUCGGGAUCGAUCCUGCUUCGUCCGAGUUCUUCAAGGAGGGCAAAUACGAUCUUGACUUCAAGAACCCUAACUCGGACCCUACGAAGUGGCUCACCGGAACGGACCUCGGCAAACUAUACAACGGCUACGUCCAGAAAUACCCAAUCGUGUUGCUCGAGGAUCCGUUUGACCAGGAUGACUGGGAUACGUGGGCCGAGUUUACCAAGACUACUACCAUUGAGAUUGUCGGUGAUGAUUUGCUGGUGACUAACCCGCUCCGCAUCAAAACGGCUAUUGAACAGAAGUCAUGCAAUGGUCUUCUCCUAAAGAUCAAUCAAAUCGGUACAAUUUCGGAAUCAAUCCAAGCGGCUCAGCUUGCACAGUCUGAUGGUUGGGGAGUCUUUGUCUCUCACCGCAGCGGUGAGACAGAGAACACGGUCAUUGCAGACCUUGUCGUUGCGCUCGGCGUCGGUCAUAUUAAGACUGGUGCACCAGCGCGUUCUGAACGCGUAGCGAAGUACAACCAGAUGCUCCGCAUUGAGGAACAACUUGCCGGUAACUCGGUGUACGCUGGUGACAAGGCCUUCUCUGCGGGCCCGAACCCGCCUGCUCUCCUCAGGAAGUAA